UUAUCAUUCUGCCACGAUGACUUAUCUUACAACCUUCCUUCUACUGGCUGCGGUGCUCAUGGUCCGUUCCACACCACCCAGCCUUUCAUUCGAGUACAGCGAUGAUACCAUGUUUGAAUGCACCAACGACGCAAUACAUUGCGAAAACAAAUAUGGCGACUGCAUUCCAAGCUACUGGAAUUGUGAUGAUGUCGCUGACUGUAAAUAUGGCGAAGAUGAACAGGACUGUCAUUCGUCUAGCAGUUCCCAAUACCGUGAUGAUAUGUUCGAAUGCACCGACGACGCAAUACACUGUGAGAACAAACACGGUGAUUGCAUUCCUGAAUAUUUUCGCUGUGAUGACAUCGUUGAUUGCUAUGACGGUCAAGACGAAGUUGGUUGUGAUGAGAACAAAAAGAAACGCGUUCGCAUACACCAAGGCUCUCAAGGUCGUGCAAGGGGACGCGGAAAUAACUAGACCACGUGAGAGAGUAACGACCAACGAAUGAACAGGAACAGCAUGACAAUGGCCAACAAUAUGGUGACCUAUAAUUGCACCAUGAAAACUUUCUUAGUGUCAUCCAACUAUAUACUUACAUAAGUUAUAAAGUUUCCUGUAACUGGUGAGUUAUAGACGACGUUUAGGCAGAGUUUUGCUUGCCCGUUGCAAAGAUUUUUUAUCCACUCAACCUAUUUCCGCAAAUAAUAAUAAAUAUUAUUAUUUUCAUCCUUCCCAUUGUGCUUUAUCACUGUUGCGGUUUUGCUUUAUCAGCAUUCCGAUGUUGCAUAUCAGCGUUCUAAUAUUGCUUUAUCGGUGUUCCGAUUUUGCUUAAUCAGCACUUUUAAUAUUCCCACCUUAUUGCGAUUUAGAAGACUUGAUUACGUCAUUGUUGUAGAAAAUUGUCCUCCAUUAGCUUCCCUUCAGCUACGAUACCCUCAACGGCGUAAAGGGUUGCAUUUAAAUUGAGUCAAGUAAUCUAGAGUUUCGUUUCCGAAAUCACAAAAGCUUCAGCAUUCAGUAAAACGAAGAGAUGUCAUCGAAUAAAACGAGGUUCGGGUUCCGGUUUAUUUCAUACUACGUGCAUAGAGUAUGGGGGAUACGCGAGGGGAAGAAAACUCUUCAACGUGGUUUAUUUAAAAUACAUGUAAUAUGGGGAGGCCAUACAAGAAGCCAAGCUUGUACAGGGUUUGCCCUUGCAAAGAGAAUCCAUGUAGUUUAGACAAUUUAUGAUUAAGAGGAGAUGAUAGUGAUAAUAUGAAAUGGAUAUUAAACACAAAAUUAAAGAAGUCGUGAUCUAAAGACAUUAAUAAAUUGCAAUGUACAGAAUGACCAUCCUUAACUGAAUGUUUAAGGUGUUGCUUGAUAAGUAAAGUAACAAUAAUAACAAUAAUAGUUUUAAAAGGGGAUGAAGAUUUUUCUUGGUUGUUUCGUUUCUGGUUGUUUGUAUGAUAGGGUUAUCACAGAAUUCUCAUUAGAAUAUAAAUUAUCAUUCAGUUGUAAAACAUCAACUUCAGUGAAACAUUGUAAAUGACAUUUUAUUGAUUACAAUACACUGACUUAUUACUAUUGCGAAAAGGUUAGAAAGGAUUAUAUUAAAAUGACUAAUUUAACAAUAAAUAAUUACAAUCUUUCAUAAAAUAUACAUUAAAAAAUAAACAUCGAAAAGUGAGGCGAUUUCAUUAAAUGGAAUGACCAAUCAUUUCGUCCCCAUUCAUUUCCUGCGGCUGAACGUAAAUUCUUCUAAACCUUUCUGUUUGACAGUUUAUUUCCCAUUUCAAUUCCCUUAUACAUAUACCUAAAAAAUUAAAAAUUGUUUGCCGAUGAUGAUCAUUACGCCCACUUAAAACAAAAUUAGGUUUUCUUUAACCUUGUGGUAUAACUUUGAGAAACUGGAGGGAGAUCUCGAACAAUGAUAGAAUCUCAAGUCAAAAAAUGUCUUAACCCUGUACAGGCACAACUUUUCAGAUUCAGAUACACCUUUCAAUUCAGCGCAACACAGCUCAGACAGGUAAUCUCUUAUAUUCGUUCGGGUAAUAUCAACCGAGGUAAUCCCAGGCCUUAAUAAAACACUGUAGAUCCUACUACCAUAGUGACGGUGUCUUUUCUUCAACUCUGUUUGGCCACGCGCAUAAUUUCAAGUCUCAUCAGAUCUACCUGUUACAUUUUUGCAAGCACGUAAUAGUUAUUGACGUAUUGUUUCUAAGAGUGGAUUUACAAAAUAAUUACUAGAAAGAUAAGCAGGAAAAGUUAAAACGUUGUGGCUGACGUGUAUUUAUUUCUUGAAGACAAUGCUGAUUGGUGGCAAAGCUCUUUCUGAUUACAUUUUGAUUA